GGAGGAAAUUUCAUGAGAGACAAGGGAGCCUGCGGAGAUGUUUAAAACCCGGGACCCUGGUGCCUCAACGUAGAUGAAUCUAAGUUCUCCUUCUACGUCACCCACCACACGCAGUGACAGAGACACACACACCCAGGUGAAAGCACACACACCCAGCGUGCACACCCCCUCUUCGUGGAAGGCUUCCUCAUCUUCUCCUUCCCUCGGCGCUGGAGUCCCGGAUUUCCCAGAGGAGCAGAACAGGACCAGUCAGAGUGAUGUUCCUGAGGACACGGUGGGGUCUUUCAUUACCACAGAGGCUCAGUUAUGGAAAGACUGCAUGAUUUUGCUGUGGAGGGAUAGUCAGCCAAUGUGGGGCAUCCGAUUUUCAUAGCAUGAAGCAGAAGCAGCAUCCCAUGGUAGCCAGGUGGGUGAAGGGGAGCGAAGACAUCCCACCUGCUUUGAAGAAGAAACCUUCUGACCUGCUGAGGGAGUGACCAGGUGGUCCCAAGAGCCUGACAAUGGAUGCCAUUCAUCUCAGCAUGUCCAGUGCUCCCCUGGUGAAGCGCCCUUCAGGAGCUGGACUCAAGACCAACCGACCCCGAGUCAUGUCUAAGAGCGGGCACAGCAAUGUGAGGCUUGACAAAGUGGACGGCAUAUACUUACUCUACCUUCAAGACUUGUGGACCACCGUCAUCGACAUGAAGUGGAGAUACAAGCUCACCCUGUUUGCCGCCACGUUUGUGAUGACGUGGUUCCUUUUUGGCGUGAUCUACUAUGCCAUUGCGUUCAUUCAUGGGGACUUAGAGCCGAGUGAGGAUGCUUCGAAUCACACCCCCUGCAUCAUGAAAGUGGACUCUCUCACUGGGGCGUUUCUCUUUUCCCUGGAAUCCCAGACAACCAUUGGCUAUGGAGUCCGUUCCAUCACGGAGGAAUGCCCUCAUGCCAUCUUCCUGCUGGUUGCUCAGCUGGUCAUCACAACCUUGAUUGAGAUCUUCAUCACAGGCACCUUCCUGGCCAAGAUCGCCAGACCCAAGAAGCGGGCGGAGACCAUCAAGUUCAGCCACUGCGCGGUCAUCACCAAGCAGAACGGGAAGCUGUGUUUGGUGAUCCAGGUGGCCAACAUGAGGAAGAGCCUCCUGAUCCAAUGCCAGCUCUCUGGCAAGCUCCUGCAGACCCAUGUCACCAAGGAGGGGGAGCGGAUCCUGCUCAACCAAGCCACCGUCAAAUUCCACGUGGAUUCCUCUUCAGAGAGCCCAUUCCUCAUUUUGCCCAUGACAUUCUACCAUGUGCUGGAUGAGACAAGCCCCCUGAGAGACCUCACACCCCAAAACUUGAAGGAAAAGGAGUUUGAACUCGUCGUCCUCCUCAAUGCCACCGUGGAAUCCACCAGCGCCGUCUGCCAGAGCCGCACAUCUUACAUCCCAGAGGAGAUCUACUGGGGCUUUGAAUUUGUGCCUGUAGUUUCUCUCUCAAAGAACGGAAAGUACGUGGCUGAUUUCAGUCAGUUUGAACAGAUCCGAAAGAGCCCAGAUUGUACCUUUUACUGCGCGGAUUCUGAGAAGCAGAAACUUGAGGAGAAGUACAGGCAGGAGGAACAGAGGGAAAGGGAACUGAGAACUCUUUUGUUACAACAGAGCAACGUCUGAUGGCAGUGAUUGCCCCGGGUUGAACUCUGAGAGCUGUUUCCGCAUUUCAGCUCCCUUUGGAUGCAAAGGUCAUCAUGAAAAUGCAAAGGUGUGGAUUCAUUCUAAAAAACUGCACACGCAUACACAAUCAUCCCCACUCCCUUGGGUCUGGUGCCUAAGCAAGCAUUUCCACAUUUGAGAAGUUCCUUUUUUAAUGCUUGGUCUAGAGCAAACUCUCAAAAUCUGUAUUUUCUAAAAUGGGGCUACAUUUCCAAAAACUUGGUAUAGGGCAAUUGGAAUGAUGUCCUGCCUGGUGGACAGACAUUUAGCAAUGCUGGUAUUGAAAGGAAUUGCAUUCCUAUCCGGUUAUCGGCUAUAAUAUAAGAUAUUUAUUCAAAACAAUGACAAAGACGUUAUGUCCCAGAGUUGAAAUGUGUUUCUAUAUUCCUUUAUGCCAUUGCUUUAAAACACCUUUUUUUCCAGAAGAGAAAAUGUUAUAUAUAAUGGAAGUUAUCUGGUAACACAUAAAAAGGGGCGAAGGGACUCUGUACUCAUAAAAAUAAUAAUUCCAUUUCUACCUUUCUUCAUUGGAUUGAAUUGUAUGGAGUGAAAUUGAUCAAGCCAGGAGUUAACAGUUGCGAAAACAUACAAAUGGAGUUGACGCUAUUGUUCAUAUUAAUUUUUUGGUUGGAAUAGGCUGCUAUUUUCUAUUCAAAACCAACAGCAUCAGCACCAUCUGGGAGCUUAUUAGCGUUCUAGAUGCUCAAGUCCCACCCAGACUUAGAGAAUCAGAAGCUGUACCUUAACAAGUGAUUUGUAUACAAAUAAAAGUCUGAAAACUGUCCACUCUCAAAGUUUUCUCGGGAACUUUCAGAAGCUGUGGGACCCUGUUGGCCCCAAAUCCAUAUGGCCCCCAGGCCUGUCCUUCUUUCUUCAGCUUAUUAUUAUGGGCCAAUAUUCGUGUCAGUCAUCUCCCUCCUCGUCUGCAAAAGAACUGCCACUGAUAUUCCAAGAUAGAAAAAACUACUUGAGAUUAACAGCUGUCUUACACUAAGCAGUUGACUCUAAUCAGCACAAAAGAAAAACGAAGCUGCAUUACACUCGGAAACUUGCUCAGGUGUUGAACUCCACAAGGUUGGAUGGGGUCACAAGGGUCAAAAGGGGUGAGGAUAAUGAAUUCACAUACAGAUGACCCCUUGAAGCAUGAACAAACUUUUGAUCAUCUGAUAACAUGUAAAGAAUGUCCCCAAUAUUUAAAUAAACCUCAUGCAACUGAGUCGUACGGAGGUAACAUUUUGCUCUUGGCAGAACCUAGGGGCCAUGAACCACAUUUCUUUGGGGCAAAGAAUAUACAUGGGCCAGGACCAGCUAAACGUGCCACAGGUGAAUUCUCAUUUCAUUCAAACCGGGGUCGAUUUGUGUAUUCCCUCAAGAGGAAUGUGACUAUACGUGGGUAGGCACUGCAUAGACAUACACGUGAGCUCACAUAUGUGUACACACACCGGAUGCACACACACACACACACACACAUGCACAUCCUGGCUUUUCAAGCAUAAUUGUGGAAAUGAUCAAUGAAAGAUGUUUGCAAUUAAGAGAGCAAAUCCUCGACUGAAGUGCUCAUAUAUGGCUUAUUCUAUAAAAAUGGGGACACUGGGGCUCAGAGGAACAAGGGAAAAUAAUCUGGGUUCAGGUUAUCAGUGAAAUGACGAUAUGGUUCUCAGCAAAAUCGGCCUUGCCUUUGUGCUACCACAUUUUCAAAUGUCCUUCCAUGGAAGAGAAGAUGUGGCUCAUACCCCUCACCUGGGACUGAACAUCUAAUGCAGAUGGAAGAAUAAUGGGGGUAAAGUUAGUGGUAGAGGUGGUUUAAAGCACAAGCUCAAUGCACAAGAGGCUUUUUCUUUUAUUGUUCAGGAAUCUUUUUUCUCUUUCUGUUGAUAAUUUAAUGGCAGAUUGUUUUAGAUCUUUUCUUCUCUUAAAUCACGUUAGUUUAGUUAGACA